AUGUCCGAUGGCCUUAGUAUUGGUGGUGCUGGUAGGGUGGCUUGGUGCGGCAGCCAGCUUCCACGCCCCUUUAGCUCAACACCACGAGAGAAGCUCCCCAAGCUCCUUGCCAGCUUCACCACUCAACCAGCUCCUCACCACCACCACACCACAAGACUCCGAACCCUCUACAGGAGCUCCGCACUUCUUCAGGGAGCUUGUGACAUUCUUCUCUCCGUCCCGGGUAGCGGCCGUAACGCUGAUCUUGUCCCCGACGACGGGUUUGCCCCAGAGCUUCAAUAUCCCACACUCACCACACCUCCCGCAACGCGCGGCUUUGUCCCUCUCCCGAGCAUCUCCGGGCAGAAAGAAGUCGUGGCCGCCAUUGCCAUGCCAUCUGACAGGAACCUGCAAGCCUCUCCUUCCUCCGCUGGACCGUGGAGCCUGGGCGCUAGGACGGCCGUCAAAGGAAGCCUUCGAGCACCCACCGGCACCGCCGUCCGCUCGCCGUGGACAGCAAAUGGUGCAAAUCUCCUGCCGGUGCUGUUAUGGGCGAGGUACACCCCAUAA